GCAGGCAGUUCUUUCUUUUUCUUUUCUUUUUGUAUUUAUUUAUAAUAGGUUUAGAGAGUUGAACGCGUGCGCCGUGGGAAGAGGGUGGAGCUCUGCGAAGGCAUGCAAGACCCUGCGGAUAUCCGAAACCUCCCCAUCGACAUCGCCUUCGCUCGUCUCGGAGAAUGGCUGGUGGAUCGGAAGAAGAUCCCACAGGAUUGGAGGAAGCGGUUGAGCUCGAUCAGAUCUCGGAUCUCGUCUGCCUUCAUGUCGCUGCCCAGGGAUCUCGAUCCCUUCCUCCAAACCCUAGAUCCCGAAGUUGUUGGGUACAUGGAAGCAAAGAAAAUAUACAAUAUUCUUUUGAACUCAACUACAGAAAGUCGUAAUAUUUUUGGACGCUUAUCAGGUUCUGCUGGUGAAUGGGAAUCCGUAGUGCGCUCCUUUGAGAAGGACCAUAUCUUUCUUGGAGAGGCUGCUCAGAUAAUGGUUCAGAAUGUUAACUAUGAAAUUCCCUACCAGAAAAAGCAGGUGCAGAAGAUUCAGCAACAACUAGCAGAACUAGAUCGUAAGGAGGCUGAUAUCAAGAGACAUGCUGCCCUCUCUGCAGCUAAAUAUUCUGAAGCUUGUCAGGAGCUUGGAUUGCAGGGGGAAAAUGUGAGAUUGGAGCUUCUGGAGACUGCAAAAUCUCUUCCGUCCACAUUCAGCAAAUUAUUGCAAGUCCUUAAUAGUGAUUCCAUUUUAAGGGCCAUGGAAUAUUAUACAAACUUUGUCAGAGAUGCUCACACAGAGAAAGAGCAGAAAAAUCCAAGGGAUGUGCUACAAAAUCUGAGGCACCUUCUUGAAAAUCCUCCCUCUCUUAGUGUGUCUGUGUCUCCUGAGGUCCAAAAUUCUCUGAAUGAUCUGUCGAAGCCAGACUCGUCUUAUCCUGUACCAGGAAUGCAGCUACCUGAUACUAAUCUUGCUACAGACGGUAUUGACUGGAACGUUUUGGUAGACGAUACCCAGAUCGAUUGGGAUAUUGGUGCUGUGGAACAACCUGAAGAAUCUGGCAGUGGUAUUGGUUCUUAUGAAAUAAUUGAUUCUAAUAAUAUAGAUUUAAGGGGGUCUGAAAAUGGUAAUGGCGUGGUAGCUGAUCAGAUGUCAUUAAAUAGAAUAGAGGGUGUGGCCUCUCGUACUUCUGAGUCAGAAAUAUGUUGGGAUAUCAUCAUUGAAAAUCCUCAAGUGGAUGCACUGGAUGUUCCAGCAGAUGCAGGCAAGGAAAGUCAAUUAUUAGGUCCAACUGAAUCCUCACAUCAUCAAAGUUUAGUGGCAGAAAGAAGCCAAUUUCUGGAGACAGAAUACAGGAAUAAGAUACUUGAUGAUCUGUUCGAGAUCAAAUCAUUUUUGAAUCAGCGGUUAGUGGAGACGAGGAGUGAAGAGACUUCCUCCUUACAGCAUCAAGUUCAGGCAGUUGCUCCUUUUGUGCUGCAACAGUAUGCUCCUGAUGCAGUACAGGCAAUGCUAGCAGAGAUAUCUUUGGCCAUUUCAAUGCUUACAAAUCGGAAAACACGCGACUUGAUUAUGAUUCUCAACUCCAAAAGAUUUCUAGACAGAUUGGUGUCAACAGUGGAGGAAAAGAAGCAUCAUGAAGUAAAACUGCGAGAGAGCUUGAAUGAUUUAUCAGUGAGACGCAUGGAACUGCACAAUGCAUUAUCAUCAUCUUGGCCCAAGCAAGAAGCAGCAAUUGCAAAAACAAGAGAACUGAAGAAGCUGUGCGAGACAACAUUAUCAUCUAUGUUUGAUGGACGACCAGUCAACAUUAUUGGAGAAAUCAAUACAUUGCUGAGUGCCAGUCUCAGUUCAUAAAGUAGCGAAAGUAGUGAACUAUGAGGCAAUUAAUCAUACCACAAAAAGAAAUUGCAUUUUUGAUAUAUAAUGGUUAAUGUAGGGAAAUUGAAAUCGGCUUUUGCACUGGGUUUGUAUCGUUCACCGCUAACCAAAAUUCCUUAUUGGCUUAUGCAAUUAUUCCUCGCCCAGUCGCGAAGCUGUCAAA